AGGCUCCCUCUUUUCUUCUUAUUCUUGUUGUUGAUCUGGUGAGAGGGAGGCGAUCAUGGGGAGGGGCAGAGUCGAGCUGAAGCGGAUCGAGAACAAGAUCAACCGGCAGGUCACCUUCGCUAAGAGGAGGAACGGGCUGCUCAAAAAGGCCUACGAGCUGUCCGUGCUGUGCGACGCUGAAGUUGCUCUCAUCGUCUUCUCCAACCGUGGGAAGCUCUAUGAGUUCUCCAGCAACUCCAACAUGUUGAAGACGCUAGAGAGGUAUCAAAAGUGCAGCUAUGGGGCACCAGAAACAAAUAUAAUAUCAAGGGAGACUCAAACUAGUCAACAAGAGUAUCUGAAACUUAAGACACGUGUUGAAGCAUUACAGCGAUCACAAAGAAAUCUUUUGGGCGAAGAUUUGGGGCCACUUACCAUCAAGGAACUUGAACAACUGGAGCGACAACUUGAUGUAUCAUUAAGACAAAUAAGAUCUACCAGGACACAAUACAUGCUUGACCAACUCACAGAUCUGCAGAGACGGGUACCAAUUAAUGCAUUGUGUAGUUAUCUGAAAAUAAUAUUUUUAUAUGUUAUCUUGACAAUUAGUAACGAGGCUGUUGAUCCUCAGGAACAAAUGCUUUGUGAAGCUAAUAAAGCUCUGAAGAGAAGGUUGGAUGAAAGCACUCAAGCCAAUCAACAACUGUGGGAUCCAACUGCUCAUGCUGUAGCUUAUGGCCGUCAGCAGCCCCAACCACAGGGUGAUGGGUUCUUUCAACCCAUAGAAUGUGAACCUACUCUACAGAUCGGGUACCACCCUGAUCAAAUGGCACUUGCCGCCACAACACCAGGGCCAAGUGUUAGCAACUACAUGUCUGGUUGGAUUGCAUAAUCAAACUAGCUAAAUCUAAUUCGCAUCUCUGCGCUAAGUAGUGUUUUGUAUGUUAGCAAACCUUUGCGUCAACUAUAAAUUUCUAUGGUUCCUCAUUGGCUAGUAUCUUGUCUGUCGCUAUUAGACACAAGAAAACUACAAUGUCUAUAAGCCAAUGAUUAUGAAUUGCUAUGAUCUUCCACGAAGGAACAUUUGCAAUGUACGUAUGCUUUUACUAUUCUUAUUAGCAAGAAAUAACUACUUCAUGUAGAAAGAA